GCUGCCCUCCUUGCCGGCCUCGGAGCCCCAUUUCCUGCUUUUUCAGUUUUCUUGGGGAGGAACGGGUGGGUCUGGAUGAAUUGCCCCGGGGGUCCUCGAUGAGGCGGACCGGAAGGCCGUGCUCCUUUUAGAGGGUCCCUGCGGGACCCGGGUGGGGAAGGGGUUGUCUUUGCAUGGUCGGGGGACUUCCCGAGCUUGCCGGGACCAUGACCUGAACUGUGCGGGCGGGACGUGUCCGAAGCCCUAGAGCCAGCUCACCUGAGCCGCCCCCUCCCCGGCCAGCAUGGCAUCUGAAGAAGCCUCCCUCAGGGCAUUGGAAAGUUUGAUGACAGAAUUUUUCCAUGAUUGUACAACCAAUGAAAGAAAACGUGAGAUAGAGGAGCUUCUUAAUAACUUUGCCCAGCAAAUAGGAGCCUGGAGAUUCUGCCUCUAUUUUCUCUCCAGCACGAGGAAUGACUAUGUAAUGAUGUACAGUUUAACGGUUUUUGAGAAUCUGAUCAAUAAAAUGUGGCUUGGGGUCCCAUCUCAGGAUAAGAUGGAAAUCCGCAGCUGCCUGCCCAAACUCCUUUUGGCUCACCAUAAAACCUUACCUUACUUUAUCCGGAACAAACUCUGCAAAGUUAUUGUUGAUAUAGGACGUCAGGAUUGGCCCAUGUUCUACCAUGACUUUUUUACUAAUAUUUUACAGUUGAUCCAGUCACCUGUGACAACCCCCCUUGGGCUGAUCAUGUUGAAGACAACUUCGGAAGAGCUAGCUUGUCCCCGCGAGGAUCUUAGCGUGGCUCGGAAGGAGGAGUUGCGGAAGCUGCUGCUAGACCAGGUGCAGACGGUGCUCGGGCUCCUGACAGGUAUCUUGGAGACUGUCUGGGACAAACACAGUGUUACUGCUGCCACUCCACCACCAUCCCCGACCUCAGGAGAAAGUGGUGACUUACUGAGUAACCUGUUGCAAAGUCCUAGUUCAGCCAAACUGUUGAAUCAGCCAAUUCCCAUCCUCGAUGCGGAGAGUGAGUAUAUCUGUUCCCUGGCCUUGGAGUGCCUGGCCCACCUCUUCAGUUGGAUUCCUCUGUCUGCCAGCAUCACCCCGUCCCUCCUCACCACCAUCUUCCACUUUGCGCGCUUUGGCUGUGACAUCCGGGCCAGAAAGAUGGCAUCAGUGAAUGGUAGCAGCCAGAACUGUGUUUUGGGUCAGGAGCGCGGCCGGCUAGGGGUCCUGGCCAUGUCCUGCAUCAAUGAACUCAUGUCCAAGAACUGUGUGCCUAUGGAGUUCGAGGAGUACUUACUGCGUAUGUUCCAGCAGACUUUCUACCUCCUGCAGAAAAUCACCAAGGAUAGCAAUGCCCACACAGUGAAGAGCAGGCUAGAAGAGCUCGAUGAGAGAAUGUGGGCUCCUGGUGAAGACCAGAAAGGUGGUAAUGGAAUGAAGGGUUGCCUGUCCUGUAGCUACAUUGAGAAGUUUACUGACUUUCUGCGGCUCUUUGUAAGUGUUCACCUGAGAAGAAUCGAGUCCUACUCCCAGUUCCCGGUGGUAGAGUUUUUGACGCUUUUGUUCAAGUACACGUUUCAUCAGCCUACUCAUGAAGGUUACUUCUCUUGUUUGGAUAUCUGGACACUCUUUUUGGACUAUCUGACAAGUAAAAUUAAAAGUCGUCUGGGAGACAAGGAAGCAGUUCUCAACAGGUACGAAGAUGCCCUGGUCCUCUUGCUCACAGAGGUGUUGAAUCGAAUCCAGUUCAGAUACAACCAGGCCCAGUUAGAGGAGUUGGAUGAUGAGACUCUGGAUGAUGAUCAGCAGACAGAGUGGCAGCGGUACUUACGCCAGAGCUUGGAGGUAGUGGCCAAAGUGAUGGAGCUCCUUCCCACACACGCCUUCUCAACCCUGUUCCCAGUUCUUCAGGACAAUUUGGAAGUGUAUUUGGGAUUACAGCAGUUUGUAGUUACUUCAGAGUCAGGACACAGGUUGAACAUCACAGCGGAGAAUGACUGUCGGCGGCUGCACUGCUCCCUGAGAGACCUGAGCUCCCUGCUGCAGGCCGUGGGCCGCCUGGCCGAGUACUUCAUCGGGGAUGUGUUUGCUGCAAGGUUCAACGACGCCUUCACGGUGGUGGAGAGGUUGGUCAAGGUCACUCUGUACGGAUCUCAGAUAAAACUGUACAACAUUGAAACUGCUGUGCCCUCGGUGCUGAAGCCCGACCUCAUUGAUGUGCAUGCUCAGUCCCUGGCUGCUCUCCAGGCCUACUCCCACUGGUUAGCACAGUACUGCAGUGAAGCCCAUCGGCAGAACACGCAGCAGUUUGUGACACUUGUCUCUACCACCAUGGAUGCCAUCACACCCUUGAUCAACACCAAGGUCCAAGACAAGCUGCUGCUUUCUGCGUGCCACUUACUGGUCUCACUAGCCACCACUGUGCGGCCUGUCUUUCUGAUCAGCAUUCCUGCAGUGCAGAAGGUGUUCAACAGGAUCACGGAUGCCUCUGCCCAGCGACUUGUUGAUAAGGCUCAGGUGCUGGUGUGCCGAGCACUCUCCAAUAUCUUACUGCUCCCAUGGCCCAACCUUCCUGAGAGCGAGCAGCAGUGGCCCGUGCGCUCCGUCAACCACGCCAGUCUCAUCUCUGCACUGUCUCGGGACUAUCGCAACCUGAAACCCAAUGCCGUCGCCCCCCAGAGAAAGAUGCCACUGGAUGACACCAAAGUGAUUAUCCACCAGACACUGAGUGUCUUAGAAGAUAUUGUGGAGAACAUCUCCGGGGAGUCCACCAAGUCCCGGCAGAUCUGCUACCAGUCGCUGCAGGAGUCUGUUCAGGUCUCCCUGGCCCUCUUCCCAGCUUUUAUCCACCAGUCAGAUGUGACUGAUGAGAUGCUGAGCUUCUUCCUCACUCUGUUUCGAGGCCUUAGAGUACAGAUGGGCGUGCCUUUCACUGAACAGAUCAUACAGACUUUCCUCAACAUGUUUACCAGAGAACAGCUGGCGGAGAGCAUCCUCCACGAAGGCAGCACUGGCUGCCGGGUGGUGGAGAAGUUCCUGAAGAUCCUACAGGUGGUGGUGCAGGAGCCGGGCCAGGUGUUCAAGCCCUUCCUCCCCAGCAUCAUCGCCCUGUGCAUGGAGCAGGUGUACCCCAUCAUUGCAGAGCGCCCUUCCCCCGAUGUGAAGGCUGAGCUGUUCGAACUCCUUUUCCGGACGCUCCAUCACAACUGGCGGUACUUCUUCAAGUCCACUGUCCUGGCCAGCGUGCAGAGGGGAAUUGCUGAGGAGCAGAUGGAGAAUGAGCCCCAGUUCAGUGCCAUCAUGCAGGCUUUUGGACAAUCCUUUCUCCAGCCCGACAUCCACCUUUUCAAACAGAAUCUCUUCUACUUGGAGACGCUCAACACCAAGCAGAAGCUGUACCACAAGAAGAUCUUCCGGACCACCAUGCUGUUCCAGUUCGUGAACGUGCUGCUCCAGGUCCUGGUUCACAAGUCCCAUGACCUUCUGCAAGAGGAGAUUGGCAUUGCCAUUUACAACAUGGCCUCUGUCGAUUUCGAUGGCUUCUUUGCAGCCUUCCUUCCAGAGUUCCUGACCAGCUGUGACGGUGUGGAUACCAACCAGAAAAAUGUGCUGGGACGGAAUUUCAAGAUGGAUCGGGACCUGCCCUCGUUCACCCAGAAUGUGCACAGGCUGGUCAAUGACCUGCGCUACUACAGACUCUGCAACGACAGCCUGCCCCCCGGCACCGUGAAGCUCUAGGAGCCCUGCGUGCCGCUGCGGCCUGCUCACUGCCCGAGGGACACGGGCCGCUGCCCCCUGCACCACCUCCACCUUCUGCCGCAGAUGUCUCCUGGACAGGCCUGGCCACCCCCCGGAAUCUCACGCCCUGAGCCACGCUGCCUGGAUUCAGGGUCCAUCUGAGCAUUGGCUGGAGGUCCCAGUCCAGGGAGCCCCUGGCAACCCCCAGGGGUGGGCCGUGCAGAUCAUGUGCAUAUCAGCCGAGCAGAAACGCCAAGGACAGCUUACGACAGUGCCACCUUCUCACCAUUCCACCUCCCCACCCUCCCGGCGCAGCCCGCCAUGGAGAGAGCCGCGAGUGGGCGCUGCCUCUGUGGAGCCCGCCCGAUUGCCUUGAAGUCCCUGCUCAUUGUCAGGGAUUUGCAAAGACUCCUGGGUCUUUUUUUUUUUUUUUUUGUCCUUGUUUUCUCAUCAUUCCAUUGUGAUACUAAAGAACUAAGAAGCUUAAUGGGAAAAUAAAAGCUUACAAUGUUGUUCUAUAAA